AUGGCGCGAUUGCUAUGGACAAAUGUCUUUCCUCUUGAAGGAGGAGGAGGGGUCGUUGAGGUAAUAGAUUGGUGGAACAGCAUUGACGGAUCGGAUCAAUGGCAGAGAGGCAUUUACUUCGCCCUUUGUGCCGCUUAUGCGUUGCUUUCCAUUGCUGCUCUGGUGCAACUUGCGCGCAUUCAAUUGAGAGUCCCUGAAUAUGGAUGGACAACACAGAAGGUUUUCCACUUGAUGAAUUUUGUUGUCAAUGGAUCAAGGGCUCUUCUUCUCGGUCUCUACCAAUCUGUAUUCCUCAUUAGACCAAAGGCACUGGAACAGGUGUUAAUGGAUCUACCAGGUCUGCUGUUUUUCUCCACUUAUACAUUGCUUGUCUUGUUCUGGGCCGAGAUAUAUCAUCAGGCAAGAAGAACACCAGCUCAUCGACUUAGGCCUGCGUAUUUCAUUAUAAAUGGAAUCAUUUACUUCACGCAGGUUUGCAUCUGGAUUUCCCUUACCAUAAGCAGAACUUCCGCCACUGUGGAAGCUGCUAAGCUCUUCCUCUCAGUUAUUUCGUUCGCUGCUGCUUUUGGAUUCUUGUUGUACGGUGGGAGGCUGUUUUUCUUGUUGAGACGCUUCCCCAUUGAAUCUAGAGGUCGUCAGAAGAAGCUUUAUGAGGUUGGCUCUGUCACAAGUAUAUGCUGUGCUUGUUUCAUGAUCAGAUGUGUUUUGCUUGCAAUCUCUGCAUUUGACAAGAAAGCAGAUCUUGAUGUUUUGGAUCAUCCCAUUCUUAACCUGCUGUAUUACUUGGUAAUAGAAAUUAUUCCGUCUGGUUUGGUGCUCUUCAUUCUGCGAAAGCUGCCUCCUAAAAGAAUAUCAGAUCAAUACCAGCCCAUCAGAUGA